AUGGCAAUAACGGACGAUGACCGCAGAGAAUAUCUGCGAAAUAACGUCACCUCAGACCUUCAGUAUGUGUGGGAUGAUGCCGAGAUCCCACUAACGUUGCAAUAUGAUAUGGCCCAGCACUACAAGUCGCUCAGGGUCUUCACAGCUUUGGGGGAAAACUCUGCAGAUGUGCGGACGGCAGUCCAAGCAGACUUCAACUUGGACCCAGCCAGAGACCCAGCCGUGCGGGCACAGGUCGCACAAGUGGUCGCAGCUUGGAACGCAGGAAAAGAGCUCUACACAAAGGAGAAAGAGAUCCAAGCCGAGAGCAAAGUUCUUGGCGUACCCCGUCACCUCCAACACAGCGAGAGGUUGGCAAUGCUCAAAGCAGUCGAAAAGGUUUUAGGCCAUCUCACCGACCACGAGACGCCCAGUGCGGAGUACCUUGCCUUGAAGGUUGAAGAGUGCGAGAACGGAGAGUGUACGGCAGCAAGCUUGGAUGAAGUGUCGUCGAAGGCCGACCGCAACACAUCAGCGCUGCAGACUUCGCUGGAUAGCACGGGCCAUGUUCGGAUUACCAAGACAAAAUCCAAAGGCCGGCUUCCAGAGACUACAGAAGAGUACCGGAAGUUGAUGAAGCUGGAGGCCACUACUUGGCUUUGUAUGUCAUCCAAAUUCAAAUCGAAACACUUCUUGGCAGGUUUGAAGAUGGAGGACUUCAAUCGCUUUGUGGAGUUCGUACUUGGAGAAAAGGUACAUGGUAUCAAAGUGCCUGUCGAUGGACAGCAGCAGCCGUUGCGUCCACCCUUUGCUCUGGUGCUGCAAUUUGAGCACCGCCUGCGACGAGAAGCAUUCAAGCUGGUCAACAAAGGGGAGAAGACACUGGCAGAGGCCUUGGAGGCCGUAACAAAGGAUGCUGAACUCAAGGAGUCAUACUUUACCACCCCUUUGGCUCUGACCAACCACGACCCAGCUCGGCAUGGCGGUCAACGCUCCUACAACAACCCCUACGACAACAAGAAGGGCAAGUCAAAGGGGUUUGGCAAAGCUGUCCAGGGCGGUGCGGCAGACUACACAUCUGUCGUAUCAAAGGCUGUUAUGGUGAACACGCCGCCCGGGAACACGAUCGUUGCAAAGAUCUUCCAAAGGGCAGCAGCAAAGCAGAGUGCAGACGUCAAGCACUACCUCCAGGAGUUUGGCUUGGAGCACGGAUUUUCUUUGCAUGUGACUGAGGUCGAUGUGGAACGUUCAAAUUUGCAGCUGGCACAAGAUCACAACUAUUUGGUGGACCAGACCAUCGCCACGGCACACAAGUGUUUCCAAUGCAAUGCAGACUUUCUGAUCGAGCAUCCCGAAGAUUUAGGGGCAUGCCAUGGUGAAUGGCCCGCUAGUAUUUGGCAGUGGGAAACUAUGCAACAGCUGCAGCAAGCCACGAAAGCCACGACUUGGGCAGUUUUCCAGUGCCAUUUUGACGCGCCAUCGCCCAAACCAACCAGGUUUCUUUCUACACUCAAACCUUGCCAGCAGCUUCCACAUGCCACCUGGCCAGUUUUCGACGAGGGCCGACAGUACUUGGGCCCCCUGCCUACGUCUUGUGGACACUCCACGCAUGCCAAGCGCCUUUUGGGCCAACUGCCAAGUGGGAAAUGGGCCACCGAGGGUUCUGCAGCUUACCCCCCGGCGCUUUGCAAGUACCUGGCCGAGCUCAUCGCCAGCCGGGUGGGGAGCACACAGGCCUCUUCACUCGGCUCUGACGCUGGGACGAAGCCUACAACCACUAUAGCUGCAGAUAGCUCUCCUACUAGGGCUCCUGCAGAGACUGGACAAACACCUGCAACCACUACAGCGGCAGACAGUCCAGACCUUGGGACGGUCGAUUCAGACACAAAUGAGCUACCAACUCAAGGCGGGCCGGAAGAGGCUCGUAACAGGGGAAAGCCGUUGGUGGUUGAAUGGGGUGGACGGGCCAAGCCUUUUGUUGACGGGUUUGGUCUUUGCUCAGCAAACCGUUGGCGCCCAGAAUAG